GAGGAACGUGUUGCCCGCGGAAGUAUUCCUGUGCGUCGGUCUUGUAGUUCAUUUGAAGCUCCAUGUGGCUGUAAUUGUCACGCUUAAGUCAUUCUGUGCCUUUUAAAACAAUCAAAAUGGGUAAAAAGGGUAAAAAAGAAAAGAAACUGAAAGGAGCGGAGAAAACAGCCGCUAAAAUGGAGAAGAAGGUGUCAAAAAGAUCGAAAAGAGAGGAGGAGGAUUUGGAGGCUUUAAUAGCAGAAUUUCAGUCACUAGACGCGAAAAAGACGCAGGUUUUGGAGACGCCGUGUUCCCCUCCGUCCCCCAGGUUGAACGCUUCUCUGUGUGCGCAUCCCGAAAAAGACGAGCUGAUUUUAUUCGGAGGGGAGUUUUUCAAUGGGAAGAAAACAUUUCUAUACAAUGAAUUAUUCUUCUACAACAUUAAGAAAAACAUCUGGGUGAAGGCAGAGAUCCCGAACCCUCCUCCAAGACGCUGCGCUCAACAGGCAGUGGUGGUUCCCCAGGGUGGAGGGCAGGUGUGGAUAUUUGGAGGGGAGUUUGCGUCCCCUGACGGCGAGCAGUUCUAUCAUUAUAAAGAUCUGUGGGUGCUUCACCUGGGGACACGCACAUGGGAGCAAAUCAAAGCUCCUGGUGCUCCGUCUGGCAGGAGUGGACAUCGAAUGGUCCUGAGCAAAAGACAGCUACUUGUGUUUGGAGGAUUCCAUGAGAGCGCCAGGGAUUAUAUUUAUUAUAAUGAUAUUCACGCUUUUAACCUGGACACCUUCACAUGGAGCCGUCUCCAGCCCACAGGAACUGGCCCCUGUCCCCGUUCAGCCUGUCAAAUGACCCCCACUCCCGACGGCAACAGCGUCAUCAUCUACGGCGGGUACUCCAAAACUAGAGCGAAGAAGGAUGUGGAUAAAGGAACCAUCCAUUCUGACAUGUUCCUGCUGAGGAGGGAAGGCAAAGAGGAGCAAGAAAAGUGGACAUGGACACGAGUGAACCCUUCAGGAGUCAAGCCCCCUCCUCGGUCAGGCUUCUCUUUGGCAGUGGGCCCCGGGGGCCGGGCGCUGCUCUUCGGUGGCGUCUGUGAUGAGGAAGAUGAUGAGUCUCUGGAAGGAGACUUUUUUAAUGACCUUUACUUUUAUGAUAUCAACAAAAACCGGUGGUUUCCUGCUCAGCUAAAGGGCAACAAGUCAGAAAAGAAGAAGAGGCGCCGUGGGAAGAAGGGAGAACAGACGAAUGAAACUGAAGGGGAGGAAGAGGAGGCACAAGGUCCCACUGAGAUUAUUAAAGAGAUCGUGGCCGAGGAUGGAACGGUUAUGACCAUCAAGGAAGUGAUUCCAGCUGCACAGGCAGAGGAGGACAGUGAGGAGGAGGAGGAGGAGGAUGGCGAAGAGGAGGAGGCGGCUGCAAAGGCUCCCCUGGUGGAGCCCUGUCCUCGCUCCAGCGCCAUGGCAACGGUGAAGCACAGCAAGUUGUACUUGUAUGGAGGAAUGUUUGAGGUGGGAGAUCGACAGUUCACACUCAGUGAUCUCUACAGCCUGGACCUCCAUAAGAUGGACCAGUGGGACGUUCUAGUGGAAAUGGACCCCAAGACGCAGGAGUGGCUGGAAGAAUCAGAAUCAGAAGAGGAUGAUGAAGAAGCAGAAGCAAAGGGCGGUGAUGCAGAAGAAGAUGACGAGGAAGAGGAGUCGUCCGAAGAGGAGAGUGAAGAAGAUGCAGAGCAUCCUCCAGUAAAGCCCGGAGAAGCCCUUGCGGAUUAUCAAACACGGACUGAGAAAUACUGGCUGGGUCUGGCCCAAGCCAACAUGGGUCCUGAAGCCAAAGAGAAGAAAGUACAAAAGGUCGGCCAAGCCAUGGCCAAGGUGUUCUUUGAGGAUCAGGAAUGAGAUUUAACGUGUGUGUGUGAGAGUGAGAGAAGACAAUUAAAGGGUUUGUUUGUGAGAAAGAUAAUGGAUAUGGUGUCAUUAUAUAUUAGCAAGCUGUGUGUGUUUCUGAGAGUGAACAAAAGAGAGCGAAUGGAUGCGUGUUUGAGUUUUAAAAAAGCGAAAGCAUGUUCUUCUGACUUUAAUGUUUAAAAACACGGCCUUACUCUUUUCUCACUAUUUUGUCCAUGUGUUUUUAUUAUUAAUAGCAGAAGCUGAAUCUCAAAGU